AUGACGGCUAUUAUACCUAUAGCAUUAAAAAACUUUAAGAAAGAAGGACAGGAGGAAGAGGAAGGGGAGGAGGAGGAGGAGGAGAAGGAGGGAGGAGAAAGGGGGAGCAGCAGCAGCAGCAGCAGCAGCAGCAAGAAGAAGAAGAAGAAGAGGAAUAUUCUAUGGGGAGGAGAUAAGGAGUAUAGGGAACCAGAAGAAGAAGAAGAAGAAGAAGAAGAUGAUGAUGAUGAUGAUGAUGAUAUACUUAUUAAUAAUAAUUAUUAUAGCAACAGCAGCAGCAGCAGCAGCAGCAGCAGCAGCAGCAGUAGCAGAAUAGUAAAUGUAUAG